AUGGAUAGGCUUCCCUUCACUCAGCUCUUUCAACACGGUUAUCUUGCCAGCACUACAACUAAGCCAAAUGCUAUGCCACUCCGUCCCGUCCCAAUCCAGUCUCCCACAGUAGCUGAGCCUUAUCCUAUCAUCAGCACUAGCUCCUCUAGUUAUCACCAUCACCAUAAUCUCCAGCAGCAUCCAUCCGACAACAUGCCUUAUGCAGUCCAAGCCACCACAUCAGUCCCUGCAGCAGUUAGGCCAAGCUCUUGCUCGGCGGCUGCUGCAAUCCAAAGCUCGCCUCCUCCACCAUAUCAAAGUGAGCUCCUUGAUCCGAGGGAGCAGAGUGCUGCUGCCUACCUGACAAAUAGCACAUUAGCUGGAGGUGUCCAGACUGCAUCAAUGAUGCCUAUUUCCAGUCACCCUCCAUCACUCCAUUCGUCCCCUCACUGUCUCUCUCUUCCGAUCAUGGCCAGAGAGCCACCAGGUUCAGCUGGUUUGGAUCCUAAUACUGGAUUUCCAAAAGUUUCAUCACCAACGAUCCAUACUCCUGAUGGCAGCCAAUCAGUUUCAGGUAGUCCUACAAUUGGCCAAGCAAAGCUAAAGAAGCAGAAGAAAGACAGAAAACCUCGCACACCAUUCACAAGUACCCAGCUCAUAGCUCUAGAGAGAAAGUUUCGACAGCAGCGCUACCUCUCGGUUGCAGAGAGAGCAGAAUUUGCAGAGUAUCUUAAAUUAACUGAGACCCAGGUCAAGAUUUGGUUUCAAAAUCGAAGGGCAAAGGAGAAAAGACUGAGAGAGGCAGAGGCAGAAAGAGCAGCACGUAGCCUUGGGAUACCCCUCUCUUACGCUCACUACCACACAGAGCUCCUGCACAAUCCUCUCAUUCAUGGCUCUGGAAUGAGUCUACAGCCGAAUGCAGCUGCAAACACACUUGGUCUGUUUCAACAAGGCCCGCUCAUAGCCUCGCCACCAGUACCACACACACCGCACUAUCCCCACUCUCAGGCUUUACACUUUAACCAUCCUCAUCAACCUCAUCCAACUUCAUCUAUAAAGUAUGAGGGGCAGUCUCCACAGCAGCAGAGCAGCCCGGCCACUUUAGGAUUUAUGCUGGAUCCAAACAGGUCCUCUCUAUCAGUCCCUCAUACUACAAUCUCAUAGGAAUUCAAUAAAACUUUCUUACUAUUUUAUUUAUUUAAUCUCUCCUCCUUCCAACAAUCCUCUUGUUGUUUUUUCCCUCUCUCUUUCUCUCUCUCUUCACUGCUCCUCCAUCAAUUUUCACAUGUAGAAGAACCAUUUCCUUAAUAGUUACUGUGCACUCACAUGUAUUAUCUCAGUGUGAUUAUAAAUCUACUAUUUCCCUCCUUUUACAAG